UUGUCUUCCCUAUUUCUUCAUGUGCAUCCUAUACACAAAACACUCUUAGGCUGGCUGUUCAGAUGCAGCUGGUUGAAACUUGCUCUCUAGAAACAGGAACAUACGCUGGACUUCAUCUUCUAUUUUGCUGUUCUAGUUUUCUUUUUUUAGAGCUAGUAAAUAUUUUCAUCUUGCACACUACCUGGCUCAAAGGAAAAUCCCAGCACAUUAUGCCUCCUUGCACGUGUGCCGCAGGACUGCUUUUCUGACCCGCACCCCCUCCAGCAGGAACCCCUGACGUCGGAUCUCUGAAUGGCUCCCUGGUGGCUUUACGCUCUCUCCAUGGCACUGGUGUGGGGCUGCGUGGCAUCCUCCUCCUACCACGCCACAGUUGCUCCCCCACAAGACCUUCGGAUCACUGAUCCUGGACUCUUAGGUUCUCUCGAUAUCGAGUGGAAACCUCCACCCAAUGUACAAAUGUUCAAUGAAUGCACUGUAAAAUACAAGUUUGAAUACCGCAACACUGGUGACAGAGACUGGAAGGUUAUUUUUACUAGGAAGCUAAAAUGCAGAGUUGGAUUUGACCUCAGCAAGACUGCUGAAGUGAGGGUACAGACACUGCUUGAAGGACGGUGUACCGACGACGUGGAGGUGCAAAGUGACUGGAUUUAUGCCACAUUUCAGGUCCCAUUGCAAGGAAAACUGGAAUCAGAGGUUCAGAAUUUCCACUGCAUCUAUCAUGACUGGGAAUACCUCAAGUGCACUUGGCAACCAGGUCUUCUCGCUCCUCACGGUGUACAUUAUGGACUAUAUUAUUGGUACGAGGGGCUGGGCCACGCAGCGCAGUGUGAUGACUAUAUUCAGGAUCAUGGUAUAAACAUCGGCUGCAUGUUGCAAAAUCUGACCCAGGCAGAGUAUAAGGAUCUGAGCAUUUGUGUCAACGGUUCGGUGGCAGCCACUCUGCUACGGCCGUUGUACGUCACCCUUCGCCUUCACAACCUAGCCAAGCCCUCACCCCCGAAGCAGCUGGUGGUUUCCAUGUCUGCGUCUGAGGAGCUCCACGUGGCGUGGAGCCCCCCAGGUGGUGAAACGCCGCCCCAGUGCCUGGAGUAUGAGGUUCAGCUGGCAGAAGAUCAGGGAGAAACCAAGGCUGCCUGGGCGUCUAUGUCAACUCAAAUGGAAACCACUUUAACAAUUUCCAGAGCAAAUCAAAGCCGCAUUUCAUGUGUUCGUGUCAGGGGGAGAACAAAUAUUUUCUGUGCUGACCGGGGCUUUUGGAGUGAAUGGACGCAGGAGUGUUUCUCUGUGUCCAGAAAAGAGGACAAGCAGCUAUUUAUCCUCAUUCCAGUCAUUCUGAGUUUGUCAAGUAGCCUCAUAAUAUUUAUGUUGAUUGGCCAGUGCAAGAAAAGAUCCCCAGCAGGAAAGCCAUUGCAUGAAUCAGUGGGAUGCUGACUCUGCUUGCGACUGCUGUACUGCUUGUGUUUGAUGGAUUGCUCUUAGAACAUAAUCCGAAGGACAGCCAAGAAGCCCUGAGCUUUCUAUAGCCCACGUGGGUCUUCCCUACCUGCUGCCAUUUGCAAGGCUGGCUGUUGCAAUUCAAGUUCUCAACGGGCCCAGGAAAACAUUGGAGGAGUUAAAUUAAACUGACUCUGGUGCAAGCUGUUUCUGACAGGACAAAGGAGAAAAAGGAGGCAGUGGAAACUGCCAUGAAUAAAGAUAACACACUGCUCUG